AUGGCCCUGCAGUCACUUUGCCAAUGUGGAACCAUGUCCAGCAAAUCUCAUAUGACGGGCUUCGGAAUCCCAAACGUCCAUCGGCCGCACCCAGUCAACACAGUGAUUUUCCAGGACAAAAUCCUAAUCUUUCCUUCAGAGUUUCGUUUGAAGCAGCAUGAAUGGUCUGAGUUGGCUUACCGCUCCAAGUUGUGCCUUUGUCCGGAUGGCGAUUCACCCAACACCGGACGCCUUGUGGAGGUGAUCAUGCAUGGCUGUGUGCCUGUCAUCAUCUCCAAUCGAUUGCAACCUCCCUUCCAUCAGUAUUUGGACUGGUCCCGCAUCGCCUUUUUCCUGCGGGAAGACGCCAUUCCUGAGCUGCCUCGGAUUCUCCGGGAGAAGUUUCAAGGCCCUGCAGGCGCGCGGCGACUUGCGGAGAAACGGCAGCUGUUGCGACAGAUGUCGCACCUUUGCGACUACGCUCGCGACGGCGUUGGUUCAACUGUGCUCAUGGCCUUGCGAGAGUUGGCACGCGAACUGAGGGGAGAGGACUUGGGUUCGACAUGUCACAGGCUCGAAGCCAUGACAGGCAAAGCUUAUGCCGCAAGCCAACUGAAGGGCUUUUGUGGACAGGGUCCCGGCCUGCCGCCGCUGCCUGGCAAGCGGCCCUCGCCGCCGACAGGUGUGCCAUCUCCCAAUGGCGCCUAUUGUGGCUCCAUCAGGCGUUCGCACUCAGCGACAGCCAUACGGUACAAAGGUGCUGCCCCACGGCUGUCGCCCUUGAAGCACGCAGGGGUCCAUGCGCGCACGGAGGAAAUGGCCUCGACGGAACCGACGAGCCGCAGCCGCAGCUCGCUUAAGGUCCUAGACUUGGCGCGGCAAGCUGAGGAGGUGCUGAAAGUGGGAGAUUGGUCGGUGAGAAAACUUCCCGACAAUCCCGAGAUCGCCUUUGUCUACUUGAAUGAGCAAGAGGGUCGCGUGGAGGUUCAAGCGCCGACAGAGGUGAUCCAAGAACUUCAAGAUGAAGGUCUGCCUGCAGCGGACGGCCAAAACGACGAGGAGGAGCCCUCAGCAGAGCCUGAGCCCUGUCCCCUCUACCGGCGGAUCUUACUGGGCGCCCAAACGGAGGUGCCGCUUCGGAUGGCCCGAGAUAUCUUGGAAGCCAUUCGAGAGGAUGUGGACAUCUUUCAGGAAGUACAGCAACGAUUUUCAGACUUGCCUGAUGAAGCGUUACUGAGUUUGGAAGAUGAUCUGGGAGAGGAAUUGGAGGCUGUGGCCCUGGCGAUGCAACCUGGAGAGGUCUCAGAAGUCCUUGGGACCGAGGUUCGGGAUGAAAGGAACUUCUUCCCAAUCUUCCGCACCAGUGAGAUGAAUGCGCCGCAUGGCCCAAAGACCUCCAGGACACUGCUAAUUGCUGGUGUGGCGGUGUCAAGUGUUUCACUGCAAGGCUGUUCUGUGGAAGUGCCCAGGCAUAUGAUUGGCUAUUGGCAAACUCAAGAGAGCUACUUGGAGACCUACAAGGCAGAUCUUCCGGGACCGGGACCUUCGGCGCUGAAUCCUUGUAGUGUUGAGAGUCCUAGAUAUCUUCAGUGCGGUGGACAUGGCGAAUGUCGACCAUGGCUGGCAGAUCCCAAUGUGGACAACGCAACAGAGGUAGCAUCGGCAUUGAAGUUCUGCCAAUGCGAAGAGGCCUGGGCCGAUCCCAACUGUGAGACACCUCGGAAAUCUCAGCAGCUUGCGUUUCUGAUCUCCAUGUUUGGCGGAUUCUUCGGAUUGGACCAGCUGUAUCUGGGAUUCUUCUUUCCCUACGGCCUCUUCAAGUUGCUGACCCUGGGUGGCCUUGGCGUUUGGUGGGUCUACGAUUUAGUUCGCAUCGGCUCCAGCCCCGUGGGCACAGCUGCCAGCUUCAAGGUGAUGAACAACGUGCCUCAUUGGGCCUUUGUGCUUUCUGCCACCGCCCUCUUCGUGGCGUUGGCCUUUGUCUACAGCGCCUGGUCGAUCCAACGGCACCGAGUGCAGAAGCAGCGCGAGGUGAUGAUGUUACAAGCAGAGGGUGUCGCCAUAGACUCGAUAUGGCUCCACACUGAGUUGAGCAGCGUGGCGCGGCCCUGCGUGGGUGAUGGGGAUGGAGCCAAUGCAGGCAGUGAACCUGAGCUGGAGCCGGCUUGGGCCACAGCCUCGUCCUUGAAGAAAAAGGCCUCGCCGUUCCUCAGCAAGGCCAAGCAGGCCAUCGUGGAGGAGGCGAAGCAGCUGACCAGCGAUGCCCGGGACGUGGCGGGGGGUGUGCGCGAGGGGAUGGAACUCACCAAGCAAGACCUGAAGGAACACACCAAGGGCUGGCGCUCGGCCUUCGGUGCGAAGCUGCGGAGCCUGAGGCCCGAAGCCUCGGAAGCCUCGAAGGAGGAGAAGCAGGAUGGAGAAGACUCGGGGCGAGGAGACUCCAAGGACUCCUCGAAACUGCAAGCCUUGCGGCAAAAUUUGGCCAACACUGCGAAGGAUGUGAAUGAACUUCGACAGGAGGUCAUGGAUGAGGUUCGCCUCAGCGUCAACGACAUUCGGCAGGUCCUACGUGGCUCCGCCGACGAGGACGCAACCAGUGCGGAGAAGUCGGAGGAGGCGAAGGACAGCGGCUUCAACAAAGUGAAGGCCUCUGUGUUCCGCAAGGCAGGCGAUUUGCGCGAGGGACUGAGACAUCGCUUCGAGGAGAAACCGCACGAAGCCUUUUGGUUGUUGCCGUCAACGCAGGCCAACUAUGUACAGCUCAAUCUGAAGGAUGCCAGCGAAGGCAGUGAAGCCGUAAAUCGAGUGAAGAAGUUGGGCGGCAAGUUGAAAGGCAGCAUCGCUAAAAAAAGCAAAGAGGUGUCAGAUGGUGUACAGACACUUGGAACAAAUGUUGGCAAAGCUCCGGAACAAAUGUUGGCGGAGUUGUUGAAAUGUGUUGCUUAA